ACGCAGGCGUCCCACAGCGGGCAAUGUUACGCGUAAGUCUUACCACUCAGAACCCCAUCCACAAGCUCAACCCCUCUAACCAACAUCCGCAGUAUCAUGUCCUACGUGGCCAGCUCCAACACGCCAUUGACACUGUUCCAGUCGGUCACCGGAUUCGACACAACGCGUCCAUACAUCAUCUCCUUCUACCUGAAUCUCUACAGCCUCAGUCAAGCUCGUUCUUGCACGCUGAAGGUCCUGUUCGGCGAUGUCGAGGUCUAUACGAGGGUUCUCACCGCUGCCGAUGGCCCGCGGGUGCAGAACUGGAAGGGUCCGGAGACGACUGUGCCAGUGAUCCCGACGUCGCCAGACCAGACUGUCAAGUUCGCAUACGAUUGUAUUCCAACUGGCACCGGGAGCGCCUCUAGUGCGCUCUUCUUGGACGAUGUGUCCAUGGCUUCUAUUUAAGUGCGCUUUUAUGGCAGCUCUGCGCUGGUUCGAGGAAUGUGUU